ACAUGACAACCCCCACUACUCUUUUUCUUUAAGCUUAUGGAUUUUAUAUUUUCUUUUUUCAUGCAAAUGAAAUUGUCUAUUUAAGGAGAACGUAUAGUCAAUAAGUGAUAAACAAGAAGAGAAUUGGAAUUUUCAAAGUGUUGGAUUUCACAAAAACAAAAAAAUAUGGUAGUGAAAGUGUAUGGUUCAGCAAUGGCUGCAUGCCCACAAAGGGUCAUGGUUUGCCUUAUAGAGUUGGGGGUCGAUUUUGAGCUUAUACAUGUCGAUCUUGAUUCUCUCGAGCAGAAAAAACCUGAGUUUCUUGUUUUACAGCCAUUUGGACAGGUUCCUGUCAUUGAAGAUGGUGAUUUCAGGCUUUUCGAAUCCAGAGCAAUAAUAAGGUACUAUGCAGUAAAAUAUGAAGACAAGGGAACUAAACUAACAGGAACCACAUUAGAAAAGAAAGCUCUUGUAGAUCAAUGGCUAGAAGUGGAAUCCAACAACUUCAAUGACUUGGUAUACAACAUGGUACUCCAGCUCUUCGUAUUCCCUAAGAUGGGACACAAAAGUGACUUGACAUUGGUACAAAAUUGUGCUGACAAGCUAGAAAAAGUGUUCGACAUAUAUGAACAAAGGUUGUCCAAGUGCAAAUACUUGGCAGGAGAUUUUUUCUCCUUAGCUGAUCUAAGCCACCUCCCUAGCCUUAGGUUUGUGAUGAAUGAAGGUGGCUUUGCACAUUUGCUUACUAAGAGGAAGAGUUUGCAUGAUUGGUAUUUGGAUAUUUCAAGCAGGCCUUCUUGGAAAAAAGUGUUGGACCUCAUGAUGAUGAAGAAAUCAGAUAUGUCAACCGGCCCAGCUAAAGAAGAAGUAAAAGUAUAAGAAAAAUUACAACUCAACUGUGCUUUCAUCUUGAUUUCGUCACGAGCGUUGUGGAUAUUGAAUAUUCAUAUAAUCGAGUCUGAUUAGUCAAGCGCAGUUAUUUGUAUUGUAUGUUUGAUCUAGAAUAAAGUCUAAAAAGUAUUUGGAGUUGAAUAAUUUUGUUUCGUUGUAUUGUAAACUGGAAAUAAAUUUAAAUUCACUCCAUGA